UCUGCUUGACAACAAUCGAGAAGACCAACCUGCUGGUCCGAUUUGCGUUGAUGAGUGACCUUAUUGUUCUUGUCGCCACGUGUGUGCGAGUGUUACUUGGCGUCGUGAUCCAUAGUACCGGUGUUCAAGCAAGGUAAAAGAGAACUCGAAGAUCUCCCAGCAAUCAAACGAGGUGCAGCUUGCUCACUACGAUGAAGUGAGCAGGCGUUCGUCCCAUAUCCUGAUUUUCUUCUCUCGGCAUCAAUCGGUUUCCUAAACCCCAUAAGGCCAUGCCCAAGAUCGAGUUGUUCAGCUACUGGCAGAGUAGCUGCUCCUGGCGCGUUCGGAUCGCACUGGUAUGGAAAGGAAUCCAGUACGAGUACCAUCCAGUAGAUCUGAGGGCGGCGGGUGGUGGAGAGCAACGCCUAGACGCGUUCCGAAAGCUGAAUCCCAACCAGGUACGUCGUUCCACGGCGCGCACUAUCGAUACUACAUAUUUUUUUUUUUUAUCUAACUUAGUCAUGUUUACAGCGCGUGCCUGUGAUGCUAGUGGAUGGGCACGCGAUCGCCCAGUCCGGCGCCAUCCUCGAGUACUUGGAAGAGGCCUACCCGGCGAAGCCACUGCUCCCCAGGGACUUGAUCGAGCGCGCCCAAGUGCGUAACUUGUCCGGCAUCAUUGGCUGCGACACCCAGCCAGCCCAGAGCAUUGGUUUGUCAGCCAAGGUAGCGGAUUUACAGUCGCCUGCCAGUGAUCAGGAGCGACAAGCGCUCGUCAUGGCUUGGAACAAGCACUGGAUCGAGCGCGGACUCCGAGCUGUCGAGGACGAGUUGACACGCUGCGCCGGGCGUUACUGCGUGGGUGACGAAGUGAGCUUAGCAGACGUGUAUCUGCUGCCGCAGGUGCACAACGCGCGCAUAUGCAAGGUGGAUCUGGCCGAGUACCCAGCGAUCUCGCGUGUAGUGGGCGAGCUCGAGCAGCUGCCGGCAUUCGCGAGUUCUCGCCCGGACACGCAGCCGGACGCCGUGCAGUGACCGAAAGUUGUCAAGGCAAAUUGAGCUUCGCAGACUAAAAAAAUGUACCCAUUUAGUCCUAAAAAAAAAUAGUCGGAUGUCUAUGGCCAGAAAAUAAACAGCGUUUAGGGGUUGGUUUGUGGCUCAUUUCA